GCAGAGGCGCCUGGCUCACGGCGCGAGUGGAGCGGCGGUGCUCGCCCGGGACGCGCCAGGGGGUCGCGCGGGCGGGCGACCGCCGCUUCAGUCGCCAUGUGCGCGCAGGUCUGGCUGCUGACCGACCGACUCAUCCGCGAGGACUACCCGCAGGUGCAGAUCCUGCGCGCGCUCCACCAGCGCUGCUCCGAGCAGGACGUGCGCUUCCGGGCUGUGUUCCUGGACCAGAUUGCCGUGACUGUCAUCGGUGGCCGCUUAGGCCUGCAGCUGAGCCAGAAACCCCUGACCACAUUCCCCGAUGUGGUGGUUGUACGGCUAUCCACUCCCUCCGUCCAGUCAGAUAGUGAAAUCACCAUCCUGAGGCACCUGGAGAAGCUGGGCUGCCGAUUGAUCAACCGUCCUCAAAGCAUCCUAAACUGUAUCAACAAAUUUUGGACAUUCCAGGAGCUGGCUGGGCAUGGUGUCCCCAUGCCAGACACCUUCUCCUAUGGUGGGCAUGAAGACUUUUCUAAAAUGAUUGAUGAAGCAGAGCCCUUGGGCUACCCAGUGGUGGUGAAGAGCACACGUGGACACCGGGGAAAAGCUGUUUUUCUGGCUAGAGACAAGCAUCACCUCUCUGACAUCUGCCACCUGGUCCGCCAUGACGUGCCCUAUCUGUUCCAGAAAUAUGUGAAGGAGUCACAUGGGAAGGACAUCCGGGUGGUGGUGGUGGGCGGCCAGGUGAUCGGCUCCAUGCUGCGCUGCUCCACAGAUGGCCGCAUGCAAAGCAACUGCUUCCUGGGUGGUGUGGGUGUCAAGUGCCCGCUGACAGAGCAAGGCAGGCAGCUGGCUAUCCAGGUAUCCAACAUCCUGGGCAUGGAUUUCUGUGGUAUUGACCUUCUCAUUAUGGAUGACGGCUCCUUCGUGGUGUGUGAGGCAAACGCCAAUGUCGGCUUCCUAGCCUUCGACCGGGCAUGCAAUUUAGAUGUGGGGGCAAUCAUUGCGGACUAUGCCAUGUCCUUACUGCCCAACAGGCAGACGGGGAAGAUGGCCAUCCUCCCGGGACUGUCAAGUCCCAGGGAAAAGAAUGAGCCAAAUGGUUGUGCUUCGGCUCAGGGAGUUGAAAGUGUCUAUGCCAUCACCAAUGGGUCUACCUCUAGUGAGAGUGAGCCUGAACUGGGAGAGGUCCGGGAUUCCUCAGCAAAAACGAUGGUGGGGGUCCCACCUCCCCAUGUUGCCCGAGCCUGGUUACAACACUAACAGGAUUGCUUCAGAACUCCAGUGAAUUCCUGCUUUUUUUUUUUUUUUUGGCAGCAUUUAAACCAAAUCCUACUGCUUCCUUGAGUAGUGUCCAGUGAAUAAGAUCUGGACUAAUGUGAUUUCAUUUGCACAGAAACUAGAAAAUCCCAUCCGGGCACUCAGCAUUCUUUCUAACAACAGUUUGAACAAAUAGCCUAGCUUUGUGGUUUUUAUGAAGACUCAUAUAAAAAAAAAACACCAAGAACAGCAUCCCAAAUGGUCAGUUUAAGCCCACUGUCUACUGCGAGCACUUGGAUGGAACGGUAGACUUUAAGGAUCUGACCCUGGCUGUUAGCAGCAGCAAACAGCUUGGCUCCUGGAAACAAUUCUCAAAUGCAGCCAGAAAAUGGAGGCAUGUGCAGGCAGGCGGGAUGCUCAUAGAAUGCUGUUAGAGAAUGCCCCAAGCCCCGCCCGCCCUCCCAGUUGCCAUCUUCUCACACUCCUCACCACUCAGGAGCUCCCUCACUGGCCAUCUCACUGAAGCUGUUGUAGAAAGUGAGGUGGACCGUUCCUUGGCCUCACCACCUGGCAUGGGUCCUGCUUUGUAACAGGGCAUUUCUACAACAAUCUUUGUCACUCAGAAUUCAUACCCCUGCUUCACCUAAUGCCAGCUCGAGCAGCUUCACGCACCUUUGCUGCCUUUGGCCUCAACUGGAAAUGCAUCUGGAUGAGCUACGGUCACAUACUUUGUUUCCUGUGCACUAGAACCCAACACCCUGGACUUUUCUUUUCGAUGAACUCUGCCCGCUUGUCAUCCGGAAACCAGUGGGAUUUUACCACAGAAAGUUACUGGACGAUGACUGUUCUUUUCCCCUUCUUCUGGAUGUUCUGCUCCUACCCAGGCCCCAGGAAACUACCCUUGUCCGUUUUUCCAAAUUGUGGAGGCUCGGGUAUUUGUGGAGGGGUGAGCAGGGCUGUUGUAGACAUGGUACCAAGUGCUUUCCAUCUGAACUCUUCAAGCAGUAGAUGAGAUCUUUCCCUUGGGAGAAAUUGUAGAGAUGGAGUUUUGUGGUUCUGUUUAUAGGAAGUCUAACAGAAAACAAGCAAUGACCAAAUACGCCUGAACAAAUGCAUCCUGGAGUUACCUCACUGCAGUUACCUGGGAGGCCAUCCUCUUGAACUAUUUUAGUGCAGGUGUCAAGAACAUUGAGGAUUCCUCUUUGGGAUUACCUCAGAAGCCAUCAAAGGAAAGAGGCCUCAUAACUUCUUUAUCAACAGGUCUUGUUUAGUUUCUUUUAUUCUCCCCCAACUCCUGCUACUUGCCAAGGCAGUGCUAAUUCUACCACCCAGUGUAUUUGCCAGAAAGAAAUGUUCUUUGACUAUUAAGAAUUAUAGACCUAGCCAUAAGGACAAAGAUUUGCCCACUCCAAGGAAGCAUGUAAGUUGACAGUUUCCAAAGACGGUUCUAGAAAUAUGAGUUGGGUCUACUAUACUGCAAUAAACAUACACUUUCCUUAAGGCAUCUACUUUGAAGGCAGCACCACCCAAGAGUAAGUGCAUGUACACAAUUCCUGUACUUACUCUGCUAUUAGUGUAAAGUGUGUAUAGAGUAAAAAAACUAACAUUUUUUCACAACACAUUUAAAUAGAAACUGGCCUUUAAAACAUCGUAGUUAAAACCAGAUUCACCAACCAACAGUUGUACUACUGAGAAAUGUUGGUGCCACGUCACAGGGAUGUCACACCUCACAACUGUAGUAUCUGUGCAGUUUCAUCCUGGGUCCAUGCCACUGAACUAAAACCAGAGUAAUGUAUCUGUAUAGUUGAAGAAGGAUAACACUUUGCUCUUGUAGACUAAGACCAAUAUCUCCUCCUUACCACUCAGGAUGGCUUUAGAAGAAGGCUAGUUAGUUCUCUUCCUGCUGGAAAUGGUCAGAUGCCAGCCAAGUGUUGGCCUCUUGGAAGCUAUACUCACGCAUGUCCACUGUUUAGUGUGAGCCUCUUCUCAUUGAUCUAAGUCCACUGAGGCCCAGGUAGAGCAGCUCAGAGUGUUCCCAUAUUUCCUUUGCCAAAAGAGGCCCGUUUCUCAGCUGGCAGAGAUGUCAGUCAUUGGUGUUAUUGUCCAAAGCUAACCCUGCCUAGAGGCAGAGAGCUGACUCUCAGCUGGAUCCUAGCUCCACUCUGGGAUUUCCAUCCCACAGCUGGCAGUGGGCAAUUACUUGAGUCUCAGCUCCAUGACCCAGCCAUACUUGCCAUAGCUGCCUACACUUGCUGGAAAGUCAAUGGGAAUGCAGAGUCUACCAACAUAGCUGACCACCUGAGUUCUGGGUCUCCAUUUUUCCUUUCUGUAGACAGGGAAAAUGGCCUACUUCAUUUACCUCUUGGUGCAUGUUGAGGUUGAAGUGAGUUAGUAAGCACAGCUGUGCAUUUGUGGGAGGUGGUGACAGACCCCUCCUACAUGUAGUUUUAUGUUUCUCAUCACUCCUCUUUGAGAGAGUUAAAAAAGGAAGAGGCUAUGAAUUCUUGGCAUUAGCAAGCUCAGAAGUAGUAGGGGCCCAGAAGAAAAGAAUACAGCUUCUGAGAGGCCUUCCUUCUAGCCAGUGAUACUUCACAACCUGAAAGGAGUAAGGCUCUGGGGGUAGCAAAGAACCUUCCAGAUGUAUCCUGUAUAACCUGAAACCCUUGACUCAUGUAUACCAACACCAAGUCUUCCUCUGUAAUACAGAUUCAGGUGUGUAUGUAUGUGGUCUUCUCACUGUCUGGUAUGAACAUCUUGAAACUGGUCAAAACUUGAAUGUCAAUAGCUUGGUCACUCAGAAUAUAUAUGAUUCUGCACUUGGGAGAAAUA